CCAGCAUUCGGUGUCGUUUGGUUCCGCUCAGUUUGUAUUUAGCGCCUGUCGCGGGAGGUUCGUGCGUUCGGUGCGUUGUCGGUGUUUGGAAUUGAAUGUUUUUGAAACGGCGAUCGGUGGUCGAGUCGUGUGCCGGUAAUUUGUAUACGAAAAAAAAACAUAUUUGAAAAUGCAAGAUCGUUGGCAAGUGCUCUCUGCAAAGUGAGUGAGUGAUGGAUGCUUGCGUCCUUCAGUUCUUUUCUGAUUCAUAUCCUGCACCGAGGUGCAACAGUUGUUUCGUAGUUGGAUUCUGAGUGGAAACAAUAUUUCCAUAAUAAUAUACAUAUGUGUGCGUGUUUUCAAAAAGAGGCAAACAAGAAGUGGGAUUUGUUAUUGGAAAGUACAAACAGCGCUCCCAUAGACAUACACUCGAUGCGGCCGAGCCAGCAAAUCCCCGACAAAUCUUAAACCAGUUUUAAGAUACAUAUUCUUGGUGUCAGUGUGUGCAUGUUGAUUUUUUCCGGCAUUGUUUUCGUUUAUUUUUUUUAUACUCCGCGCUGCUGCUGGCUCUGCAUCUUUUUUGUGUACCCAUACCCUUUGCGCCUGCCCCUAAUCGCGUUUCCAUUUUCUGGCCAUCGUCCAGAUCCGAGGUUUUGCUUUUGGGCUCCGCGUGAGCAACAAGUACCCCCGCCUAGUACCUAUACCUAUACCUAUACCCAGACCCCUGCCAUCAUCUAUAUCUGUACCCAUACCAAGUGCCUGGCCGCGUCUCGCUCCGCCUGCCAUCUGAAAACCCGAAAAACUCGGAAAGAAACGAGCUUAAAUUCUAACGAGAUCAGCACGCCAGUUGGUAACUCUGCUCUCCCCAAUUGGUCCAAUUUGAAUGCGGUACGAAGCACCUCCAGAAUCCGGCGAAGAUCGCACAAGUAAUUCCGAAAGACCACCAACAAAAGAGAUUCGAACAAUGUAACGACAACUAAAACGAUCUAAACACAAUCGAAAGGCGGAAAAUUAUUGUAUUGCCCAGAAAUCAAGUUGAACAGACGCCAAAAAAGCACUUCAGCGAAAUCAGCAUGUCUUCCGGCCUGAUGUCGUGUGUAAGGGAAAACUCGCCGCCGCUGGAAUCGGAGUUGGAUGCCAGCUGCGCCGGGGGACCAUUGUCAUUGCCGGCGGGCCGCGCCCACCCGCACACCCACGGCGCCACCUCAACGCCCAUCUCCAGUCCAGGAAACGAUGCCCAUCAGUCCCCGACCGCCGAGCAUCCAAAUCAGCAGCAGCAACAGCAGCAGCAGAAGCGUCGUCGUUUCCAUCCGCUUCGUAACCUGCGUCGCAUCUUCCGGCGACGUACGAUUAAUAGCUCCACGGACAGUCCAGCAUCCUGUCAGUCGCCAGGACCCGGAUCCUGCAACACCUUGCCACCGCCCGCCAGCAGCAGCAGUGAGAAGAAUCUGCGCAGCGGGAUCGCCUCGCCAACAGGAUCUCCCCUGAAUCCCCAGCAGCUGAAGGAGAACUACCAGACGCAAUCGCUGCCCAAGUCCAAAUCGUACGGUUCGCAUCGCGAUGAGCUGCUAAGUGUGCUUCUGGGCAAAAAACGGGCCAGCAAGCAGGACCACAGCCAGGUUGCAGUCCAACCCGAUUCCCAAGCGCAGUCGCAAUCGCCGCAGGAAGCCAUGUACCAGGCCCAGCGACAGCAUGGCGGCGUGGCCGUCUUCCCGGAUUCACUAGUCCUUAACCGGAGCAGCUACUUUGCCGAGCAGAGAAUCCAACAGCGCCAUCUACGCAGCGUGGGUGACUCCUCGCAGGAACUGGAGUCCAACCUAGGCUUGGGAUCAGGAUCAGGAUCAGGAUCCGGAGCUGGUGGCGCCGCUGACAUCUCCGACAGCCAGCGUAGCCUCAGCGAAGGUCGACUCCUGGAUGUGGACGGGGAUUACUCUCGGGAUACCCUGUCCCAGUCACAUGACAGCGUCUUCUCUGAAUCGGCCACAGCCAGCAGUCUAUCCAUUGUACUCAAGUCUCGUCUGCGCUGUGAGGCCCACCAAAUGAUCGACUUUAAGCAGAAUCCCUUCAAGAUGAAACUGGGUGGCUCUUCCAUGGGCGAAAGUCGCCUGGGACGCAGUUGUCUGCGGGCUCGUUUCGUUUUCCGCUGGAAAAGCUGGGCGGAACUCACGGAUGUCCUGCGCAAGCGACGCAACAGACCCGAUGCCUCUGACGAGGAUUUGGGUCUGCCCCGCAGCCCGGCUUCUCCGCAACGGCGAGCAGGGGGUGGAACCAGCAGUCGAAAUACCUCCGGAGUGGGUCACCAAUCGCGGGGUCACCAGAGCGAGGUGUCUUCACUCAGCUUGCACAGUGUCAAUAGUGCCGAAGUGGAGACGGAGGACAGCCAGAGCUCCCAUCAAUACCGUCAUCACUCGCGAGUUUCCACCAGUUCAUCCAUCUCGAUGGGCUCGGAUAUACUGCGAUCACAUCACGAGGACGACGUGGACGCCGUGGGCGGAGAACGUCAUCGUCUUUCCCAUGCGGCGGCCAAGCACAAAAUGGCCAUUAGGCCUGUGAAAAAGAAAGGACCCACCAGGCAGCACCGGAUGACAUUGGAGACUUCCAUUCCGGAGGCCAAUGAGGAUGUGCUAAAGAUUAGCCCUGGAUUGAGGGCUGUCCAUGAAGCCGAUCUCAAGAUCAAGACGCGCUCUUUGCCACCGAAAACUUUAACUGCCAUUGCACCGCCGGUUCAGGCUAACGCCGCCAGCUCGGUGACAACCAAGCGAACCAAUACAAUCGAGCAGAGCUCCACCAUCACCAGCACCACUAAGACCACAAGCUCGUCCUCCACGACAUCUCAGAUGUUCGGACUUCGAGGUCUGACCAGCAAGAGCAACGCUUUGCUGGAGAAUCGCGGAGAGUCUUCCACGGAUGGGGACGACUUCCUGGCCAACGAGCGGGAGAAGGAGAACGAGAGUGGAUUCCUGCGCCGCCUGAUCCACCGGAACUCCAAGAGAUCCAUAGCCAGGGCCAACGACGGAGUUGAGGAUACAGAUUCCAGCCAGAGCGUGGCCAAGAAGCUGCAGAUCUCAACCUCCUGCUUGGAGGCCGCUGCUCGGGAUGCCGUUCAAGUGCCGGACAAGUCACGCAGUGCCACAUCGCACGAGCAGCACAUCCAGGAGACGCGACAAACAAUCAAGCGGGAGAUUCACAACGAGGGCAAGCACGGAUUGAACGCCAUGGUCAGUAACUACGGUGUGCAUCCACAUCCACCCACGGCAUUAAAGCCGAAAUCAGGUCCUGCCGCCAGGCAGCGAUACAUGCCCAAGGAACUGGGAGCUGCUCCGCUGGAGAAGAUCACCUCGGGUAACGAUGUGACCAACUUGCUGUCGAAGAGCUCGCGGGGCAACGACACCUUCCAGUCCACCACUUUGGUGCGGGAACAGCAGAACAAAGUGGAGACCUCAACGCAUUUCGAGAGGAAACCAAGGAUUGUGGGCUUGAGUGCCUUCCAGCAGAAGCUAUCGCGAUCCAGUGACUCAGUGGGCCAGCACUCCAGCUCCUCCAACUCGUUGGAGACCAGCACGGAUGAGCCCUCGCCCCUGUACUACGAGGAGAAGCAGCGCAAGACAAUUGAAAAGUCCCGCAGCUUUCGAAAUUAUGAGGACGAGGCUGUGGACUCCACGGCCGUGCACAACAAUAUGCCGAGUUUGCCGGAUCUGUCGCUAAGUUUUCGUGUGCCUGCCUACCACAAGCAGGCGCCACAAUCGCCCUGUUCCCCGAUUUCCUCCAACGCCAAGUGUGUGUCACUGGGAUUCGAGAUCAACGACAACAAAUUGCUGCAGUCCCGAGCUGAAUCCACGGGCCAGUUGCCAUCUGCUGCGAAAAUCUCACCGCAAAAGGCCGCUUCCACAAAGCUAAUAGUUAGUAGUCCGGGUUCGGCUGAUAUCUCCAAGAUCGAGCAGAACAUUGACCUUAUCGUGAAAUCACCUCUGGUGAGCGUUCUAAGGAAAUCCGGUAAUGUGGCGGAUAAGCUGCCCAAGGAGCAAACUGCUCCGACCAAACAGCGACCUAAGCUACUCGAUUUGGGAGCAAAGAUGACAGCUCCUGCGGCAAAUCCAAGUCCCAGCCCGGCAAGUCCUUUGACCAAGAGUGCCAAGCUCUCGAACAGUCCACCCACCACACCGGCCAAAGGUCAGGGAUCCUCCAACAGCAGUCGCCGGAAUUCCAGUAACGUGGAGAAUAACGGUGAGCCGGAGUUCAUGAAGAUCCAGCUGAAUCGCGUGGACCAGGCGCGUCUGCACAACAAGACCAAUCACUUGGUGCUAGCCAAGAACUUUAAGUCGCCCACGGAGCGGAGUCAGAGCAACGAUGAUCUCAGCUUCCGACGGAGCAGCGAAGAAAAUCUGGCGGGAAUCGAGAUUGUGGAGCACCCUCAGCCGAAGCCUCUAAGUCCGGCAAUCAGGCCAACGGCACUGGAGCCCAGCUUGAGCAGGCAAUUGAAAUCCGUUAGUGCCACUAGUAUGAGGAAUAGCUAUGGUAGUAGUAGUGAAGGAUUAGCCACUCCAGUUACUCCAGUCACUACACCAAGCACACCUAAAAGCAAUGGGUUUUCGAAAAGUAUUCUCAGUGCUCCCAAGAACGUAAAGGAAGUUAAAGAUACCAAGGAGCCAGUCAGCCCGAAGGAGCCAGUGAAGAGCAAUCGCCUCUCUCUGGAGGAUCGCAAGCGGUUAUUCCUCAGCGAAGAGCGAACGAAGUCAGUGGAGCAGCGCAGGAAGUCCAUUACCAAGACAGAAAGCACUGCUCCACCCACUCCUUCGGUGAUUCCAGCCACGCCCGCCAUUCCAGUCACUCCGGUUACUCCCACCUCUCCCGAAAUAUUCGAGGUCAAUGGCAACACUUCACCCACCUCCAAUCCCGUGGUGUUGCGCAAGAAAUCCUUUGCGAGCUGCAAUGGCAAUCCCAGUCCCUCCAAGGACGAUCCCACACCCGAGCUGAUGAAGGUCUUUGCCCGCCGUUCACUAAAAGUGAAGGAUGAUGACGUUGUGACAUUGCCACAGGUACAACCAGCCGCUCCAGUGAGCAGCAACAGUAAGAAGCUGUCGCCCAGUGGAGGCGGAGGUCAGAGCGUGGAUAGCGACAAGGAGAAUCAGUCGAACAGCGAGGAGAAGCUGGACAAGCUGGCGCCCAAGAGCGAGCCCCAGGCGACCCAUCACCCCAGCACCAAUCGCAAUUCGGUUGCAGACUUCCGCAAUCUCAACAAUAAUAACAAUAACCAUCAGCAGCAACAGAAGGUGCCACCCAAGGUGGUCACCUACCUGCCCCCCAUUAAGACCAGCAAUCAGGGCCGCAAUAGCCUGAAUAACAAUAUAAGCAAUGGUAAUGGGAGUGCAAGGCCCGCUGCUGAAAGGUUUUCCCUGCAACUGAAGCAGGCCAACCCGACAGCAACUACUCCAACGUCUCCGGCAGCAGCAACACCUGUUGCAGCACCAACUGCAACAUCUGCAGCAGCAACAGCAUCAGUAGCGCCCAGUAAACCCAUCGAGAGAUCAGCCACCGUGGGCGAGUUCAAGGGAAUCCACCAGAGACGCGCCGAGUGGGAGCAGAGGGCCAAGGAGGCGCUAAAGUAAUGGAUUAGUUAUUUGGGAUAACCUAAAUACUCCGCCGACCAGACUGUACCUAGCCUAGCUGCAAUCCAAGUGCUUUUGUCUAGUGAUGCGCUCUCCUUCAAGCAAAUAAAGCCAACUGGGAGGCAACAAAUAAUCAAAUUAUCAUUAUAAUCGUUAGCUUAAAACCUGUAAAGAAUCGCAAAUGAAAUCAAAGUUGAGGGCGCCGGACUGGCGAGGUCAUCCAAAGACAAUAGCGACCUGCUCGAUUCCGGUGCCCGAAAAACUCGAUAGGCAAUAACUAUAUACCGAUCUUCAAAAAGUGACUAGAUUAUAUUUAUUUUUAGUCUGUUCAGAGUAUCGCUUACUAUUGAAAGCUUCUCAGUUAGGCUUCGAUUCGAAUUUGUUCUGUGCAUGUCGAAAAAUGUUUUGAAAUAAACUAAAUUACGUCUAUUAAUUGAGAGUCAAGAAAACUGUAAGGACUGUGAGUAUAAUUACGCGUAGCAAGGAGCCUGAUAUUCGAAACAUUUGAUUUACUUUAAGUUGAUAAUUUGCAAGCUUUUAAUUGGUAGAAGAGAUUGAUUUUACUAUUUAGACUAACUAUUAUUACUUAUUAGUAUCAUGUACAUGUUUCGAAGACCUUGUUUAUGUAUAAUCUAUAGAGUCUGUCGAGAUUGCAGACCCAUAUGAAUGUAAACGUGUAGAAAUUUAAUCAUAUUCACACCCAAGUGUAUGUAAAACAUUGCGAGUGUAUAAUUGUUUUCGAAGUGUCAAGUUUGUAAAUGUACAUACAACAAAUAAAAACGAUUUAAUAAAUAUCCAAAU